AUGCAAUAUGUGGAGUUCGAUCGACUGGCGCUAAAGUGGGGAGUGCCGUCGGAGAUGUCUACAUGGAGUGGGGCAUCUAACUUCACAGACAUCAAAUACACGCUGGGAUACCACCCUGGUAAUGGAAUACAGCCCGCACGAGUUGUUUGGUCUCCAGCUAGCUGCUAUCAGCCAGAAGCAACCGCGAUAAUUAUUCCCUUCCGAAACCGAUUUGUUAAUCUUUCUGUCUUCCUCGAUCAUAUGCAUCCUUUUCUGCGACAUCAACGUCGACGGUACACAAUUUUCGUGAUCGAUCAGGCAGUUAAACACUUGCAGCGCCCACUUUCUCGGCAGAACCAAGGAGCUUUGUAUCCUAACGGGCUUUUGUCGAUAUUACAGGUCACACCAAAGAUAUUCAACCGAGCUGCACUCCUAAAUAUCGGCUUCAGGGAGGCAGUAAAAUCAGCCAAUUAUUCUUGCUUCAUUUUCCACGAUGUGGACCUUCUUCCCGAGGAUGACAGGAUGAUAUAUGGUUGCGAGGACCAACCACUUCACAUGUCAGCAACUAUUGACAAAUUUAAUUACUCGCUGUUCUACAAAACAUCAUUUGGAGGGGCAGUAGCAAUGACGCGAACACAAUUCGAGAAGGCCCUGGGGUAUGCAAAUACGUACUUUGGAUGGGGCUGCGAAGAUGACGACAUGUACCGGCGACUUACGUUCUCCAACCAAACUUUAGUGAGACGCAAUUUCACCUUUGCUCGUUACAAGAUGAUGAAACAUCCCAGAGAUGCUGGAAACGAGGAAAACCCCGAGAGAAGGCGGAGACUGAAGCAGGCCCGACAACUUUGGCAACACGAUACCUAUGACCAAGUUCAAUAUUUAAUUCGCCGGAGAGAAUUGAAAGACAAUGGACUUGACUAUUACUUCCAAGUCGAUAUUUUACAUCCAAAUGUGGGGGAGGCGAGAGCAGAAGCAGAGUCAUCAACGGUGUCCAGAAGGUUUAAAGUAGGCUGA